AAUACGACGACGUUUGUUUCCUUGGAGAACAACACAAGACGCAAAUUUCCUUGGUCACUCUUCUUGCAACUUGUCUUCCCAUUGAAGAGGCAACAAAUAGCAAUGGAAGACGCUGAAGAAAACACACUUCGCGUUCUGAUAGCAACGGAUUGUCACUUAGGUUACAUGGAGAAAGACGAAGUUCGACGCCACGACUCAUUCCAAGCUUUCGAAGAAAUUUGUUCAAUAGCUGAAAAGAAACACGUCGAUUUCAUGCUGCUUGGUGGUGACCUUUUCCAUGAAAAUAAACCUUCUAGGUCAACUUUAGUUAAAGCUAUUGAGAUUCUCCGUCGUUAUUGCCUCAACGAUCGUCCUGUUCCUUUUCAAGUUGUUAGCGACCAGACUCUCAAUUUUCAGAAUACGUUUGGUCAUGUAAAUUAUGAAGAUCCUCAUUUCAAUGUUGGUUUGCCUGUAUUUACCAUUCAUGGAAAUCAUGACGAUCCAGCUGGCGUGGACAACCUUUCUGUAGUUGAUAUUCUCUCAGCAUGUAAUCUAGUCAACUACUUUGGAAAAACGGUUCUUGGGGGUUCUGGUGUCGGUCAGAUCACUAUCCACCCUAUUCUUAUAAAGAAGGGUUCAACAGCUGUAGCACUAUAUGGUCUGGGGAAUAUUAGAGAUGAAAGACUUAAUAGGAUGUUUCAAACACCACACGCGGUGCAGUGGAUGCGACCUGAAUCUCAGGAAGGGUGUGAAGUUUCUGAUUGGUUCAACAUUCUGGUACUUCAUCAGAACAGAGUGAAAACAAAUCCCAAAAAUGCAAUUAAUGAGCACUUCCUGCCACGCUUCCUAGACUUCAUUGUGUGGGGGCAUGAGCAUGAAUGUUUGGUUGACCCACAGGAAGUUCCAGGGAUGGGAUUUCACAUUUCACAACCAGGGUCAUCAGUUGCAACAUCACUUAUUGAUGGAGAAUCGAAGCCAAAACAUGUACUUCUUUUAGAAAUUAAGGGAAAUCAAUAUCGCCCUACUAAGAUACCUUUAACAUCUGUGCGGCCUUUUGAGUAUACAGAGGUAAUACUAAAAGAUAUGCCUGAUAUUGAUUCCCAUGAUCAGAAUUCUAUUCUUGAACAUCUCGACAAAGUGGUCGAGAAACUUCUAGAAAAAUCUAGUAAGAAGGUUGUCCAUAGAGCAGAGCUUAAGCUUCCACUAAUACGUAUCAAGGUAGAUUACUCUGGAUUUAUGACUAUAAAUCCUCAAAGAUUUGGGCAGAAAUAUGUAGGAAAGGUUGCGAACCCCCAAGACAUUCUUAUAUUUUCAAAGGCAUCAAAAUUGGAGAAGGGUGGAGGCAAAAUUGAUGAUUCGGAACGACUUCGUCCAGAAGAAUUAAAUCAACAGAACAUAGAGGCUUUGGUUGCUGAAAGUAAUCUGAAAAUGGAGAUACUUCCAGUCAAUGAUUUGGAUGUUGCUUUACACAAUUUUGUGAACAAGGAUGAUAAAAUGGCAUUUUACUCUUGUGUACAGUACAAUAUUGAUGAAACGCGAAAUAAAAUUGCCAAGGAUUCAAAUGACCGGAAGUUUGAUGAGGAAGAUUUAGUUGUUAAAGUUGAAGAGUGCUUUGAGGAACGUGUCAAGGAGCGAUCAACACGCUCCAAGGGACCCACACAGUUCACUCCUGGUGCUCAGUCCUUUGAGGGUUUUCAAGGCAGAAGUGCUGCUGGAGCAGAUAGUGCAGUUUCCUUCAGCGACGAUGAAGAUGCCAUGCCAAUAUCAGCCUCAAAGCAAAGCACCAGAGGUCGGAAAGGAGCCUCUGCCUCUCAAACUACAACCAGAGGAAGGGGCAGGGGCAGGGGUAGGGGUAGGGGCAAGGAUUCCGGCACCUUGAAGCAGACAACCCUUGAUGGAGCUUUAGGGUUUCGCCAUUCUCAAAGGUCUGCAUCAACUUCCAUCCAACAUGGUGCUGAUGAUGGGGAUAAUAUGGCUUCUGCUUCAAGUGACGAUGCCAAAGGAAAUGCAGUCGAAGAGAUUGAUGACAGUUCGGAAAACGAGUCCAAUCUACCGACACGUAAAAGGGCAGCUCCAAAGGGAAGAGGUAGAGGUUCUACACAGUCUUCUAAACGGGGGAGGAAAACAGAUAACUCUUCAGUCCAUAGAAUGCUCAUGAACAAUGAUGACGACGACGACGAUGAUGACAAUCUUCAAAAGAGAUUAAAUUCGUCUCAACCUCGGGUGACCAGAAACUAUGGAGCUCUAAGAAGAUAAACUGGUUUGGCAGAGUGCAAGAAACAGUGGCAGACAGAUGCCAUUCAUCCUCCCAGCCACCCUGUUUGGGUCAUGCUGAAUAUAUUAUAUUUUUAUUUUCAUUUUUUAUGGUGUUGGGGAUCAUGAAGCCAUUCAAUUAGCAGUGACUGAUAUGUAAAAGUUAGUGAAAUAUAGAAGCAUGUGGUUGCUUUCUUUCGUUUACAAUAUCUACAGUGUGCCUUGAAGCAAAGCAUGAUUAA